AUGAAACAUUUUUUCUAUCUGUUUCAGAGUAAUCCAAGUCAGGAUGUUCAAGAUAUAGAUAUUACUGAAAGUGAAAUUUAUUGUCCUUUUAUAAAUCACACCAAGACUGUAAAUCAUGAUGUCCUUUCUUCUCUUUCGAUCUCUCCACUUUCAAUCCAUCUUGGCAGCAAAAAAGUGAAGGAUGGUGGCAGAAUAUAUCUUGACAAAUUUUGCAGUGUAACAUCAAUUCUCAGUCAAACCAAGCCUCCAAGUGAAUUUUUUGCUUUGAAGAACUGGGCAAAAAGUCAAGUUUCUGAGUUGGGCAAAGAAAAGUUUAAGGAAAAGAAGAAAAGUAUUUCGAGAAGAGGAACUUUAUUUCAUCAUGUAAGUACUGCACAAAUUUGGUCGGAGAAAACAGCCAAUAUUUCGUGAUGCUUCCAUUGGUCUCCCCGCGAAAUGAGGUCUGAGAAAUUAGCACAGAAAUUCCAUACUGAUGAUAUAUCACUACCCAGACUUGGGUAGUGUGUCUGAUUGGUUGAAGCAAAUUUUCAGCCAGUCAGAAGCACUACCCAGUUCUGGGUGGUGAUACAUCAUGGUAUGGAAUUUCUGUAUUCUUUGCCCAGAUGUCAUUUCACCUGUCAGAGAAACCAGUGUUAGUGUCACAAAAUGCCAGCUCUUUUCUCAGGCUACACAAUAUUUUAUCUGCCCAACUUAUCUGAAACUACUAUACACUAAUCAUUUUAGGAUACAUUCCCCUUGGUUUUUCUUGGUACAGUAAAAACCCACAUUUAAGAGCCUAGAAUUUUCUAGGUCAGGAUGAACAGGUUCUUAUAUUUUAGGGUAGUUUUUCACAAUUCAGGCUGAUUACGCUCUUAGGUUCAUUUUUUUUUUGACUAAGAUAUUAAGAUUUUGAAUUUCGUAUUUCAGGGUAGCUUUAUGGAAAACAUACUUUUAGUGAAAAUCCAAACAAAUGUAAAUCAAAGAAAACGUAUAUACACGAUAACCUUUUGUCAAAAGUUUCUCACAAAAUUAAAAUCAAGAAUCUUGACCAUCAAAAUUGGAGUGACUUUUUUGUAUAAGAACCUAUUUUUCUUUGCUAGGCUGAGCAGGUUCUUAUAUUGUUGGGUAUUUAAAAGCCAAAUUUUAGCCUGAAGGUUCUUAAAUCACUAGGUUCUUAUAUGUGAGUUUUUACUGUAUUAACUAUGGUUUAUGUCAUUGUCAACACAUUCAGAGCCCCAGUUUGGGAUUGAAAAGUAAGUACAAUGAGUUGUUUUCUUUUGGGUGCUUAACACUUAUCAUACUUUGUUGUUGGAAAUAAAUGUCCACAUGUCCUUGUUUGUGCAAUCGCAGAGCUGUGAAAUUCAGGUAGUCUGUGAAAUCCCACAAAAUUCACAAAAACAUGCAAAAUACCAUGAAAUUUACUAGAAAUAUUGUCAAAUACAUGUCUGUACAACAUAUUUGAAACUUAUCUCAGCUAUUGGGGCUGUUUAUGUGAGCGUAAGCGAUCAUGAAACUUCGUCACUGAAAUGAGCAAACAAUGUUCCAAAACUACCAGGCAUAGGUUAUGUUGCGAAAAGCUGGGCACUAGCCAUGAAGUUAAAAGCUUUGCAAUUGGCUCAUUUCUGGACCAUAUUGUUGUUGAAAUAGCAAAUGAUGAUCUCUGUUAAGAAAACAUUAAAAAUGCCGGUCUGGUCAGCACAAAACUGAUCAAUUUCUAGCGAAAUUUGCUGUGAGAAUUCCCACAAAAUUGGCCAAUUUUUUACUGAUUGUUUUUAGGCAAGGUUUGCCACAAAAAUUCCCACAAAAUCAGCCAAUUUUUCCUUGAAUAUGUCCCUGAAAAUCCCUCAAAAUUUGACUCUUUUGGUGACCUAUCAAAAGCCCUGAUUAGAAUGUAAAGAAACUUUGGUUUUAUUGAUAUGGCACAUAACAUAAAAUUUGAAAUUUGCCAAACUUGACUUACCAAAAUAUAGGAAUUACACAGACUUACCCGAGGGCCAAGGGAAUUGGCAAGAAUCAGAAUGGGACUCAUAGGCCCCAUGUGGGGUGCCCCCACCCAAUCCACAAAAAAUUACUUAUUGAUAGCAAGGUAGCCUGCAAAGCAGGCAUAUUUUGCAGGGUUUGUCACCAAGAUUUCAAUUUGCCGGGUAAAAACAACAAGUAGGCGGGAAAUCAAACACUUAGGGAUUUCUUUUGAGUCUCUUUUCUUUCUAUUUCCCAAUGAAAGUAGCCGUGAGCCACAUUUAUAGUAGCUGGGGAAAAUCCCUAGCCCCCGGCUCUUAAUGACAGCCCUGUUUUGCAUUGUGAGUGAUGACGCAUCUUGGACGUUGAAACUAACAGAGAGUUGGGGCCAGUCAAAGUGUCUGAUUUCAAGGAAGAGGUUGGUGGGUUUAAAAUAGAGGAGGGGGUGGAACAGGGGAGCCUUUCUUUUUGUAUUUAAGAUGGCGGCCAUGAUCUUACUACCUCUGAGUUUCUGUCAAAAAAAUGCCCGCUCUUGCAGGCUAAUAGUGAGGUUAAAUCACCAUGAGAAAAUGUUGAUUGUAAUUUCCUAUAAUAACUGAUGCUCUAAUGUGGACAUUGUUUAUUGGCAGGAUGUCCAACAUUUCUUCAAACACAAGGAAACACCAAUCAUAGUGGAAGGGGAGCCCAAUGCAGGAUAUUGGAAGAGUAUUAGUCAUGUUCUACCAGACAUCUCAAAUGUUGUUGCCAUUGAGAGUGGCGUAGUACAUCCAUUGUUAGGAUAUGCAGGAACACUGGAUCUUAUUGCAGAAUAUAAGGGUACACUCAGUGUAAUCGACUGGAAGACUUCUGUGAAGCACAAAACAAACCUCAAAGACUGCUACUCUUAUCCUCAGCAACUGGCAGCUUAUGCCGGUGCAGUGAAUUAUGACAGUAAUUACCCCUUUCAGGUACUUUUUCCAACUUGAUGCUAAAUACUAUUAUUUUCUUCAAGGUGAACCCCUUCACAUCUGGAACAAAUAGACCACUUGCACUAAAAGGUCGCGUGACCAAUGCUUCCUUUAAACAAUGACUUGGAAUCUUCAUGCUGCUAAAAAUUGACAGAGCACAUAAGAAUUAUCUUACACCCGAAAUUUGAGAGGAAACGCCUUUAAGGGAGAUAUUUUAUGACGCUUUGAUUUUUCAACAAAGUAGUAUGAUUUGUACUGGCCGGCAUGUUGGAGGGCAUACUCUUGCCCUCCAACAUGGCGGCCAAAACUGCUUUUGGCUUAUAUCUUGUUAAACGUUUGAUAGUUGUGCUAAGAUGUUCUGUAAACAUUACCACAUCAUCUUUCAACAUUUUCCUUGAAGUUUAAGUGCAAAAUUUGUGUCCAGAGAGAGGUAAUUCAUAAUUUUAAAAAUCACACUUUGGUCACAUGACCAGCAACGACCUUAGUCAUUUUAAGAAAAUGGUGCAGGUUUGAAAAACCAAAUCACUAUUAUUUUGUUCAAGAUGUGACCCACUAAUCGUUUUUCGAAGGCAAAAUCAUAUAAUUUUCAUUACAUAAAAACAAUGUCACAUGACCACUUUUAUAGUGCAAAUUGCCUAUUGACCACUUUAGAAAUAAGAAUGGGACUGGUGCAGAAAUAUGUCCUGUCAUUGUUUCUGGGACCGUUACUGGGGAUACACUGGUUAGCCAUUGGCCAAUUUUUUCCUUGUCCCUUCUACAGCCCCAGAGGUCUUUUUGUGAAAGUUAACUGGGGCCCAGUUUCCUUCUAAUUUAUCAAGUGUCAAAAAUUACUUUGGGCUCCAAUCCCAUUCUGACGCAGGGUUUAUUCCAGCAAUUCAACAAGGAAACAGGGUUUGUAUGGGUCAUGGAAAACCUGGGAGAUCAUGGAAUUUAAGAAUUUCAUUUCCAGGCCUGGAAGGUCAUGGAAAAUUAAAGUUUUGUUUGGUACUUUAGUUAAGAUAGAGCAAAGUGACUGAACAGUGCGAAUGGUACACCUGCCUUUCCCCUUUUUGCGCCUGCCACACACGCAGGCUACCAUCACGGUGGAACCUCGAUACAACAAGGGCCAAGGGACUGGCAAAAUUAGUUUGCUAUAACAAGGUUUCAUUAUACCGAGGUUCUUUUUGAUAUAUUUUACUGUUACUGGGGUCGGAGAAAAUCAUUCAUUAUAUAGAGGUUCGUUAUAUUGAGGUUCCAUUGUAAUUUACCACCGAUAGACAAGUAAUAUAGCACACCCUCAGUAUUUUAUGACACAAAGGCUUCUAGGGCUGAGCAAAUAUUUGACGCAAAUAACUGAAGUAAAUAUUGCAAGGCUGAGAAUCCCAACUGGCAGGAGGAAACCCAAUUGGCUAGUUACAAGCAAAGUCAGGGGAUUGAACUCUAGAGGAGCUACCAAAAACAAUCCUAGCUUGAGGUCAACGUAGGAUUUGAACUAAAAAAAGUCCCUCUCGCAUUUUGUGAGUGAAAAAAAAAGAGUUAUGCUCACAAAUUUAAUAAUUAAAGGAGACUUAUCUGUAAGGUGAACUUUGGUUGAAAUUCUAUGAGUUCUUGGCCUGGAAGUAGAAAUAUACGAGACUGCUAGCCUGCAGUGCAGGCGUUUUCUUCGGGCGCGCGUAUGUUUUACUCGCGAAAGCGCAUGUUAAAACUUUUUCCCCCCCUCCCCCUCCCCUCUUUCCUUCUUUCGCCCUAGCACCUACCCUUAGGUUUACUAUUUUUACUCUCCCUAAUCUUUCUCCGUCAUAACGAAGAAGGCGGUUACAACAGUACCAACAUAAACAAGCAGCUUUCGCCCGCCCAUAAUACGCCUAUACUAGAGCAUGAAGUAAUCCUUUAAGAGAAUAAAAGCUUUUCUGAGUUGUUUACAUUGUAAAUACUGGAUGUAUUUAUCUCCUGUGUUGAAUUUAACAGGUGUGUGAAGGAGUGAUAGUUAUUGCGUACGAAAAUGGUGACCCAGCUCAUGUUCAUCAUCUGACACAGGAAAUCUGUGAAGCUUACUGGUUAGAAUGGUUGAUGCGGCUUCAACAAUACAAAAACAAAUUUCCUGAACAUUUUAUCCAUGAAGCUGUUUCAAAAGUAAAUGAAGAAGAGCAGGAAUUAAGACAUGUUCCAACCGUAGGAUCCGUAGCUACCUCUCUGGGUGCAAAAUCUUUAAAGAGCAUUGGGGUACCUGUGGAAAGCCUUGGUACGGUUGUGAAAGACGAGGAUGUGAUUGAAGAAGAAAAAGAACUUUGUUCCAAAGAAACGUUUGAUGAUAGUUUGAGUUCACGAAUAGUAGGUACCUGGAAACAGAUUUGGAAGAAUGUUUUUGAUCGCAUACGUUCCAGGAGAAAAGAUUCAUGA